AUGUCCAAACACAAGAGAUCUGGUGACCUUGGGGGGCAAGCAAUGGGACCACCUCAAUCAACCCAUCACCCUGGAAAUUUCAUGGUUUGUAUAACUGGCAGUUCAUGUUAUUACUCAUUUCGAAUAGGUGUUGAUAUAGUGCCCAUUAAACCUAUUCCAAAUGUGAUAACCUUGCAAGAGGAUAUCACCACUGACAGUUGCAGACAAGCUCUAAAAAAAGAACUGAAAACUUGGAAAGCUGAUGUAGUGCUCAAUGAUGGUGCUCCAAAUGUGGGAAAGAGCUGGUUACAUGAUGCCUUUUUACAAAAUCAGUUGACAGUGAGUGCAUUAAAAUUGGCUUCAGAAAUGUUGGUCAGAGGAGGCUGGUUUGUAACUAAAGUCUUUCGUUCCAAGGAUUAUUUAGGUCUUAUAUAUGUUUUCAAGAAAUUUUUUAAACGUGUGCAUGUAACGAAGCCUCAAGCAUCUCGUAAUGAGUCUGCUGAAAUAUUUGUUAUCUGCCAAGGUUAUUUGGCUCCUGAUCACAUUGAUGAGAAGCUCCUUGAUCCUUCUUAUGUACUUAAAGAUGUUCCAGAAAAAAAUGAAACUAAAGCCAAAAUACUUCAAUUAACCCAGCCCAAAAAGAAAGCCGAAGGUUAUGACAAUGAAGCACUGGUUUAUUGUAAGCUGAAAGCUUCAGAAUUUAUUUUUAAUGAAAAUCAUCUUGAAAAGCUUAGUAAAUCUCAUGAGAUUGUAUUUGAUGAUGAUGAUAUUAAAGAUCAUAAGUUGACAACUGAAGAAAUUAAACAGUGUUGUAAAGAUAUUAAGGUUUUAGGAAGAGGUGAUUUGCGGUCACUUUUGAAUUGGAGAAAGCAAAUGAGGCAAGCUAUGAAAGGUGCAGAGAAAAAGGAAACUAGUGAUGAUGCAAAAGAUAAUCUACAAGAAGAGCAAGAGAUAGAUAAUGCCAUAAAAGAAGCAGAGGAACUAGAAUUGUCAAUGCUUCAAGAAGCAAAGAAAAAGAAAAAGAAAAUUUUAAAAGAACGUAGGAAAUUGAAUGAGAGAUUAAAUUUGAAAAUGAUAAUAAAAGAUGAUGAGCCUAUUAUCCAAGAAGACAGAGAACUGUUCAGGCUUUCUCAAAUUAAAAACAAAGUGGAAUUAAAUAAAAUUGAGGAUGAAGACAAUCUAGAGUUCAGCCUUGAACCUCCUCAACCUGAGGCAGAUGAUAUACUUCAACCUGGUUAUCGAAGUACAUUUAAGCCAUACAAUCGGUAUGCUAAAGAAAAUUUAGAUGAUGUAGAAGAAAAGUCUGACAACCCAGAAAGUAUUUAUUCCAGUGAUGAUGAUUUAAGCAGUGAAAUUGAAUUCGAAAGCGAUGAUGAUGUACAGAGUGACAAUGAAGUAACUGAAAACCUAUUAGAGGGGGAAAAAAAUCCACUUGUUGUUGAUUUAGUGGAAAGACCAGAUAGAGUAAAUGAUACUGUUGAAAGGUGGUUUGAUAAAGAAGAAUUUGCUGAUACUCGAGAAGACAGUGAUCUUGAAUUGGAUAUACUUGCAGAAACAUAUGAGAAGAAGUCAAAACUAAACAUAGAGGAAAAAAAAAGUUCUGAAGAUCAGGUAGAUCAAAUUGAUCUGAAAGAUUCUGCAAAUUCAGAUAAAGAAAAGAAUCCAGAUAAAGGUAAAUUGGCAAAAAAAAGAAAGAAAAGAGUCAAAUUGGAUCCUGAAGGUUUGGCUUUGGGAGCAAUGAUUAUAGAGUCGAAGAAAAAAAAGAGAGACAUAAUUGAAAGUGCUUAUAAUCGUUAUGCUUCUAAUGAUGAAAAUCUUCCGGAUUGGUUUGUUGAUGAUGAAAGAAAACACUAUAGGAAACAGUUGCCAGUAACUGCUGAAAUGGUUGCUGAAUAUAAAGCAAGACUUAAAGAAAUAAAUGCUCGGCCAAUAAGGAAAGUUGUGGAGGCUAAAGCUAGGAAAAAAAGAAGGGCCAUGAAACGCCUGGAAAAAGCAAAAAAGAAAGCUGAAAAGAUAACUGAUUGCCCUGAUAUGAGUGCUAAGGAAAAAGCUGAGCAACUUAAAACAAUUUAUAAGAAAGCUUUUCCUGAAGAAGACAGAAAUGUAACUUAUAUAGUAGCUAAAAAAGGUACAGGUCGUCGUGUCAGACGCCCAGCAGGUGUGAAAGGACGUUUCAAAGUAGUUGAUCCAAGGAUGAAAAAAGAUGCCAGAAAACAAAAAAUUCUAUUGAAAUCUCAAAAGAAACCAAUUAAGAAAAAUAUUAAAAAGAGUAAAAUGAAAAGGAAAAAGUAAUUAUGCUGUAUAUAUUUGUAAAAAUAAACUGAAGAUCAUUUUUUAAGUGAU